CUGUCUUCCUCUUUCGCUUUCCUCUUCUUAAAAAAAGAGUUAAAUAAAGAGAAGAGAAGAGACUCUCUCCUCUUCACUUCGCGAACUCAGAAAAAUCAAAUCUUUCUCUCUCUCUCUCUCGUUGAAAACCCAUUUCUGUAUUGUGUUGAAGCUACGUUACUACUAAGAAGAAGUGAAGCAAAAACAGAGGUUUUUGAAAAUGGAGAAAAAACAAGGCUUUUUCUCUGCUCUCAGACACGAAGUUGUGAGAGGUCUUUCGCCGUCACGAUCCAGAGCAAGGUCUCGUUCCGUUAGUCCCGCUAGGUCUAGUUCACCCAUGUCAGCUCUCACUUGGGGAAGAAAGAACUUAACUGGAGGAGGCGGUGGUGGUGGUGGCGGAGGUUACUAUUUAGCGCAACCAGAGCAGUUAAUUGGGAGAUCCGGAAGUUUGAGACCUGUAAUGGAAGGUCCUGAUCCAGAUGAAGGAGGAGGAGGUGGUAAUAUAGGAGAAUCUAAACGACUCGGGUCGGGUUUAGGUCACUGGGUUAAAGGGCAGCUGUCUCGUGCUCCGUCUGUUGCUGCGACGGCGGCUUAUCGGAGAAAUGAUCUGAGACUUCUUCUUGGUGUAAUGGGAGCUCCUCUUGCUCCUAUUCAUGUCUCUUCCUCUGAUCCUUUGCCUCAUCUUAGUAUCAAAAACACUCCAAUCGAAACAUCAUCUGCUCAGUAUAUUCUUCAACAGUACACUGCAGCUUCUGGUGGUCAGAAGCUACAAAACUCCAUUAAAAACGCUUAUGCGAUGGGGAAGCUCAAGAUGAUUACUUCAGAGCUUGAAACUGCUACAAGAACCGUUAGGAAUCGAAACCCAUCUAAGGCUGAGACUGGAGGUUUUGUUCUUUGGCAGAUGAAUCCAGACAUGUGGUAUGUUGAGCUUGCUGUUGGGGGUAGUAAGGUUCGUGCUGGCUGCAAUGGCAAGCUUGUAUGGAGACACACUCCUUGGCUCGGAUCUCAUACUGCUAAAGGACCUGUCAGACCUCUCCGCCGUGGACUUCAGGGACUAGAUCCGAGAACAACUGCUGCAAUGUUUGCGGAAGCGAAGUGUAUAGGAGAGAAGAAGGUGAAUGGUGAAGAUUGCUUCAUUUUGAAGUUAUGCACUGACCCUGAAACACUAAAAGCGAGGAGCGAAGGACCGGCUGAGAUCAUUAGGCAUGUCCUCUUUGGCUACUUCAGUCAGAAAACAGGGCUCUUGGUUCACAUUGAGGAUUCACAUUUGACCCGGAUUCAAUCUAACGGUGGAGAGACUGUUUUCUGGGAGACCACAUACAACUCGUCCCUAGACGAUUACCGUCAGGUCGAAGGAAUCAUGAUUGCUCACUCGGGACAUUCAGUUGUGACACUAUUCAGAUUUGGGGAAGUGGCGACGAGCCAUACGAGGACAAAGAUGGAAGAAAGCUGGACGAUUGAGGAAGUUGCGUUUAACGUUCCUGGUCUGUCUCUCGAUUGCUUUAUACCACCAGCUGAUCUUAAGACCGGUUCUUUAACCGAAUCCUGCGAGUACCCACAAGAGGAAAGAGGCAAGAACAACACACUCGCAUUGUCUGCAGCUCACAGGGCCAAAGUUGCAGCCUUGGAGAACGGGAGCUUGGAAGAUCACCGCCCGGUUUGGCAUACUGAUGUCUAACGCUUAAAGAGAGAGCUUAUGACUAAAAACAACCUUUGAAGGUAGCAUUAGCCAAGGAUGAUUCUCAAAGAUCAGAUGCAAUGUGUUUAUAUGCCGGUAACUCAAGCUAACCCCUUUUAGCAGCUUUAUCGAUUAGGAAUCAGGUUCGUUAGCUUAACCGAUGAUUUGCGGGUUCAAACAGAACUCAAAUGAAUCAUCCUUUUUACUCAAAAUCUCAGGAGAAUGAGAUGGAGUUUGGAUUUGGUUUUUACUUAAUCUUUCAGUUUGGGUUUAUUUUUUUAAUUCUCACCUUCAAUAUUUUUGAGUAAGGUGAAGGCAAGAGAAGGAGAAUUGCCCUGCUUUUACUUAUAUAGUUUCUAGCAUUUUAAGUGUUUGUGUUUUAAUCAACCCUCUAACUACGAAUCUUGAAUUGUUCCAUCUUUCUUUUUCAAUCUAUGGAGAUAUGUUUGGCUUUUUUACCUUUUCUUAUCUUCAAAUCUUUUGUUAAUGCCUUUGGUCUCUCUGCCAUGAUCUAAUCCAAUAAUCCUCUUGGC